AUGGACGACUCGCGCGGGCGACGCGCCUCGCAACAAGGCUAUUACGUCCCGCUGGCACCGAGACGAGCACCAGCGGCGACCACUGCUGCUGCUGCUGCUGCUGCUGGAGAUGCCGUAAUGGCGUUUACACCUCAGCCAGCGAUGCUGCCGUCGUCGAGCUCCAUAGAGGCGACACUGAGCGCAUUCAACAGGAGCAUCGCAAUGAGGCUCAUGGCACCACAACAGGCGCAGCAGUUGCAACACCCAACGCAGUCAAAGAAGCAGCCGAAGCCGUUGCUGCGACGGAUACAGGAGCCGCCGCCAGAAGAGUUUCCACCGCCACUGGCCCCGCCGACAAUUGAGACGGCAAUUCGUCCGACUAUCAGCAGGAAGCGGCAGCGAGAAGAUGAGGACAACACAGCAGCAGUAACCCCAAAACUGAAGGAUGUUGCAGAUGAUGAAGACAAGAGUGCGCACGUGCUGAUGCCCAAUUUGGGCGGGGCGAAGUUAACCUGUCGCCUCUGCAGCAAGCGCGGGCUCAAGACGCGGUCGCGCUACGGCUGCGUCCAGUGUCGUCUGGGCUUCCACGUCGCGUGUUUUGCUGUGUUCCACCACCCGACCAAGUUUGCCUCCAAUCCUUCGACCACGGUUCAAGACGCGCUAGAUGCGCUGGACCACAAGUCCGCCUCCAGACCGACCACGCGCCGACGCGCGAACAACAGUAUCAAUUCGUUCGAGCAGCUCACUCUGCCCUCAUUGUCCGACGGGCAGGACGGUCUCCAGGACGUUGAGUUAUAA